UUCGAAGUUCACGUCUUAUUCGUCAUCUUCUAAAGCUCAAAUCAUCCUGAGUCGAAGAAAUACUUUAAAAAUAUCAAUCUCCAUUCACUUUCUUACCAAACUUAUCUACAAAUUUCUUCAACUACGUGCUACAGCUAAAUCUCCUUUAAAAGAAACAGGGUUUUGCUCUUCUUCUUCUCCCAUUACUUUUUUUUCAUCAUCAUUUUCAAGACCUAGUUCAUUAGUAUCGUUUUCUGAAAUAGCAAGCCAUUCUAAGAAAACCCAUGGUUCUGUUCACAAUUUCACUGUCAAGGUCAAAUUUCCAAAAAUUUGCUUGAAUUUGAUGGGAUCGUGAUGAAAUGCCCUGUUUUGAGAUUUUGAUCAAUUUUGAAGAAAUUGAGAUGGAGAAUAAUGAAAAAAAAAAGUGUGACCAAAAAAAUGCGACGGAGAAAAUGCAAUGGAGUCACCGUAUAAAAGCCUCCUUAACGGUCGGCGAAAAAAUAAGUAGGUAACCCAAUCUCUAGGGUUUUAUUUUCUUAGGGCACAAUGGGUUUGAAAAGUGAAGAAAGAAGAAGUGAAGAAAUCCAUGAGGAAGAAAAAUUGGCUAAGAUCCCAAAAACUGAGGAUGAUGCCAUCAUCAGCUCUGAGGUGAUGAAGAAUGCUGUGGAAAAAUGGACUUGUUAUCAUGAUAUGGUGGAGAUUGUGGAACCCUGGGUUGAUAAUUCAACUCAUAAGAUGUCAUAUCGUGGUUAUAAAAAUCGCAGACAAGUAUAUGAGGAUUUUUGCAUUGUCAAAGCGCUUCAUGCUAAGCUGAAAGGUGAACGCGAAGCACAUACUCUCACCAUUGCACUCUAUGAGGCUGAGAUCUUACACACCUAUGCUCUGAAGACAAAAUACAAGAUGCUUGUUAGAUUUGAAAGGAUGUUAACUGGUACCACAGUCCCGAGACUCCAUGAAGAAUGGAUCCGACAGAAGUUAGAGAAACGUAAUAUUAAGAAGUUUCUGACAAAAUCAAAGGCGACCUAAGAUUUACUAGGUCCUAUUUAAAAGAGUGGGGAGGUGAUGUUAAGAGUGCGGCACGAAGAAAAAGCUGAAGCUUCUCAGGAGUUAUUCACACAAUGCAAAGGAAUUUUAUGCCGAUAACUUUGAUAACAGGAAAAAAGAAGUCGAGUCAGUCGAGAAAGAAAUUGCUGAUGGAUCAGCCGUCAUUGAUGCUGUAAUCGAGUCUUGUGAAGCUUUUGGUGUGACACUCCGAAGAGUGAAGUUGGCAACUGGUGGAUUAAUGCGGAGAGUAUUUUUCCAUUUACCCGCUGAUGAUGAUCAGGAGGAUCUUGUACAAAAGUGGAAUGAGGAGCAGCGAAACCAGACGCGCUAAAAAUACAUAAUCAACAAGACUUUGCGUUGCUUUCAGAAAACGUAGAAGUGCUCUAAAUUCUUACUAAAAGCACACGUAUGUAUGGGAUUUUAGCAUUGGGAAGUGAUAUAGAACCGAGCUUCCCUUUUUAUACAGUCAUGGAAAUGCACUCCUCUUAGAGCG